UGCUGCCAGUGCCUCUCACGGCCAAAGUUUUAUCUGUAGGGAUAUAUAUAUAUAUAUAUAUUAUUUUUUAAUAUUAUUUUUCAAGCCAAGCCCAGCUGCACACUAGCAAACCCCGCUCCUGGGGCGAGCUUAACCCGGCAGAGGAGGAGGACGAGCAGCAGGAGCUGCCUGUGCUCCAGCUCUCCCUGUCACGAUGGAUUUAUGGCUUUAAAAGGAGUGGGGGGGAGGAAGGAAAGAGAAUUCCCUGCCCGAGCCAGAGCUCGCAGCGCAGCCAAAGCCAGCCCGGAGCUGCAGGAUGGCUCCGGGGGCUGCAGGACACGGGCUAUGACCGAGCUCGGGCUCUGCUGGGCCCCCUCAGGUGGAUUCAAGGCGCUCUGGGCAGCACCAGGCUCGGCUAUGUUGGCCAAGGUGGUGUUUUCGCUUCUGCUGUGGCUGAAUUUUGCUGCGGGGCAGGACACACCUGAGCCAGCUCCCCAGCCCUCCGCCUCCAACACCGAGGGCGACCUCCUGUUCCUGCUGGACAGCUCUGCCAGCGUCUCCCGCUAUGAGUUCUCCAAGGUCAAGGAGUUCAUGUGGGACCUCCUGCAGCCGUUCGCCUUCGGGCCCAGGGAUGUGCAGGCCAGCAUCAUCCACAUCAGCACGGCCCCCAGCAUGGAGUUCCCCUUUGACCGGCACCUGAGCGGGGCCGGCCUGCGCGGCGCCAUCGCGGCCACGCGCCAGCGCAUGGGCGACACCAACACGGGCAAGGCGCUGGCCCUGGCCAAGGAGAAGCUCUUCAGCAGCCAGGCCGGGGCCAGGCCCGACGUGCCCAAGGUGCUGGUGUGGGUGACGGACGGCUUCUCCACCGACGACAUCUCGGAGCCCAUGCAGCUGCUGAAGGACAUGGGGGUCACCGUGUUCAUCGUCAGCACCGGCCGCGGGAAUUUCCUGCAGCUGUCGGCGGCCGCCAGCGCGCCCUCGGAGGCGCACCUGCACUUUGUGGACGUGGAUGACCUGCCCAUCAUCACCCCGGAGCUCAGGGACGCCAUCCGAGAUGCCAUCCGUGCCAACCGCCUGCACGCCACCGACGUCACCUCCAGCAGCUUCCGCCUGGUGUGGCCGCAGCUGCUGGCGCAGGACAGCGGCUUCUACAGCCUGGAGUACGGCCCGGGCAGCGACCCCGCUGCCAGGAGGGCGCUGCAGGUGCCCGGGGCACGGAGCAGCCUCGUGCUCACCCAGCUGGCACCGGCCACCACCUACGAGGUGGCGCUGACCCCCGAGUCCAACGUGCACUACUUCCCGCCGCAGAGAACCAGGGUCACCACCCUGCCAGAGGAGAUCAGCCCGGUUCAGGUUCUCAUCUCGGACUGUGGGCCCCGCAGCCUGCAGGUGAGCUGGGCUCCCGUCCUGGACACCGUGGCCUCCUACCAGGUGCUCUACGGGCCCCUGCCGGGGGGCUCGGCCCGGCUGCUGCAGGUGGGUGGCGGCCACAACAGCACCGUGCUGGAGCAGCUGGCGCCCAACACCACCUACCUGGUGACAGUGACAGCCAUCUACAGGUCUGGCACCGAGAAAUCCCUCUCAGCCAAGGCCUGCACCCUGCAAGCCACCGAGGCCCAAGGAUCCAGGCCCAGGGAGCAGCACAGGCCGCAGUGAGCUCCAAGGUCUGGAAUGGACAAAGAUUUGGACAAAACAAGGAGGAGUCAGGGGAGGAAGCAGCUCCUGCCCCAGGCUGUGCUGUCCCCACCGGUGUCCAGCCCAAACCUGGCCCCAGCCAAGCUCUGCCAGCUUUAAAGGCUUGGCUGGGUGCGUGGAACAGCCAAGUGUGACUAAAAAAGUGACUAAAAGAUGCCCAAUGUGUCCCCAUUUCACAGAAGGCAGAGUGCUGGACCCUCACCUUGCUUGCUCCUGUUCUCUGUUUACUCAAGGUUGAUGCAGGUUUCUUUUUGCAUGAGCACAUUCAGGAUUUGGCUGUUCCAAUUCCAUCCUGGCCAAAUCCAGCCCUGAAUCCAAGCCAUUCCCUGGAGGGAAUGAGAGAGCAGGAACCCCAAAAUCCUGGCAAUGUGCUUCCCUCACAGGAGGCAGAGUGGUGGAUCCCCACUCUUGCUGGAUCCUGUUUUCUAUUUAUUCAAGGUUCAUGCAGGUUUCUUUUUGCAUGAGCUCAUUCAGUAUUUGGGUAUUUAUCUUCCAUCCUGGCCAAAUCCAUUCCUGAGUCCAACCCAUUCAGGAGAAUUCAGAGGGCAGGAACCCCAAAAUCCUGGCGUUGUGCUUCCCUCCAGAGCCCAGAAAAGCCAAACAAAACCAUGUAAAACAUUUAUUUCUGUUUCUGUGCUCCUGCCUGGAUCAUUGCUCUGGCAUUCCUUUUCACCAGAUGGGAGUGCUGCUGUCCUCGUGGAGAUUAAUUAGCCUGUUCUGUGAUUAAUUACAGGCAAUAAUUCUCCAGCUCUAUCAUUCCUCUGCACUCUGAACACACACAGCACAUCUCUGGUGUCUUGUCUUGGGCUUCCACCCAGUGCUAAGCUUGAGCUACACUUAAAAAUCAAUGUUUUUAAGGUAAAAAAGAGUAAAUCUAAUUAUUUUCCUUUGCCCCUAAGCUUGAACUUGCUGUGUCUAAGCCACUCUGGAAAGGGGAGCUAGGAAAAAAAAAAAAAAGAAAGAAAGAUAAAUUAAUUAUAAAUACCUAGUGACCAAGCAAAUGGUUUCAAAGUUCAGAGCUUAGGGCUGUAAAGAAAUGUAGAUAUUUCUCUGCUAACCCCCAGCAUCAGUGGGAACACCCUCCCUCAGUAACUCUUGCUCUAUUUUAAAUUUAUUGCUUAUUUUCCCUCCAUGUGGAACUUGGUUUUGAAGCAGUGCUGUUUGUGGAGAGCCCCAUUCAGCCUCAAAAAUCCUUCUUAAAACAGCUUAAAUCAGCUCCUUUUGGAGCUGAGAGGAAUUUUAUCCCCGACUUUGUCUCCUGAGAGCUGAAUCCUUCAUCUCCACCUUUCUGGAGCAUUUUUCCUUGGGCUGCCUUGUUCAGGAGAGAAGGGAGGUGAGUCAUUCAUUAACUCUAUAAAGAGAUUUUCAUGUGGUUUUUGUCCUCCUCUGGAAUGUGCAUUUGUGACUGAUUAAUCUCAGUGCUGAAAGGAUCACAAAGCCCCUGGAACUGCUCAUGCAAUAAAAUGAUUUUGUUUCUUCUCGCUGUAGGACAGAAAAUAAGUUUGCACAACUUCCUGCAUAGUUUAUUAAUGCAUUAAUUUUCAUCCCCCCCUCAGUUGUAACACAGCCUUUUGAAGACAAAUAAAUAUAAAUAUGAGAGCUA